CCUGUAUGCAAAAGCAAGCUAUAUACAGAAUUAAUAGAUCAUUAACAGAGGGAAGACACUGUAAUUAAGAGGGAUUGUGGAGGAGAGAGAGCUUUCCACGAGUGAGGGACAGCCAGAUAAUGGAGUGUCCUGUUAUUGGAACAGCCCAGGGUCACCAAACCCAAGAGGAUGUGUUGGGGAGGCAGGAGGCAGAGAUGAACAGGGGCAGAAUUCCAAAUAUGAUGGACAACCAGUGAAAAUGCCUGGAGUAUGAAAAUGGAAUGCCUUGGAGGAAAAGCCAGGAAGCUGCUGUCCUCGGGUCGAAAAGUACAUGAAGGCAGUAAGGUGUAAGAUUACUGCAAGAAGGGGGCACAGGCUCUGAAGGUCCUUGAACCCCAAAAUCAGGAUGUUUGUGUCAGUCGCGGAGGUGAUGGGGAGUUCCAAUGGAGUUGAUUGAGCAGUGGAGUGGCGCAGUCAGCUGUACCCUUUGGCAAGGGGAGUGGAGGAUGGCAGGUGAAGGUCCAGGUCAGCUAAAAGAGGAUCAAAUCAAAUCAGUGAUGACCAAGAAAACUUCUUCUGGACAGCUGCUGCUUGAGUCCUCCGAACAGACAAGCUUUCAGAAAGAUCAUCUAACCUAUAAAUGCCUUUGGAAGAAAGAAGAGUUUGUGGUUCUUAAAAAUGGAAGGGAACUCGAAUCUGAAAUGAGGACAAGUACCUACAAGAACAAAAAACUCCUUUUUCAAAAUAUCAUCUUAAAAUUGCCUCUUCCUCAAGGAAAACAAGCAAACAAUGGAGUCAGAAAAGCAGUCCUGGCUCAAAGAUGUUUGGGAAGUAAAAAAGUAAGCUCAGCUUUAACAAAAACAAGAGUGUUAGCAUUGGCAAGAAAAGGAGAAAGUAUAAAGAAACAAAACAAUCCAAGGACUGAACUACAAAAGGAAUUGGAAAAUGCUCAAAAUCAGAAAAUAGGGGUGUCAACAGAAAUCCCCCUCCAGUUUGCCACAGCAGACCUUGACUUGUUGGCCAGAAGAUGGUGGUGGCUAAAACGGGCAUUUUUAAAAGCAUCCCCAAACGUUUUUGCAUCAAGAAACAAUCAGGAGAACCAAGGAAAUAGAGAAAAUAAUCCCAAGCCACUAAAGAAAUAUGCCCUCAGCUCUUUAGAAGCAACAAAAACAGUGCAACAGAGUAUCAGAAUAUGGAAACUGUAUAAUCUGAAUGUUGUCUCUAAAGAGCCUUGUAAAUCAGUGAAUUCAAAAAGAGCCCUAGGAGUAGAUGAUGAAGAGCCAGAGAAAGAUGAGAUUAUGCUGAAAGUCCUUUGUGGAAGGCUAUUGUCUUUAAACAUUUCAGCAAAUGUUGUGUCACAAAGGAAAUUGACUGCCUUUAUCAAGACGUUGAUGGCACGACUGCCUGGGAAGAGCCAACCAGCUUUUGCCAAGCUGUCUGGCAUGUUGACAGUUCUUAAAGCUGCCAUAUCUCCUAAAUCUUCUUUUCAUUUGGAAUCACAAGAGGCCAACUCCAUGUUUCCCAGUGUUCUCGUGGAGGAUUUAAGAUUAAGAAGCAAAAAAUCCAUUGAACCUGAUAAACAUAAUGUGACUGUGACCAACCAUUACCGGAAACUCCUUCAUGCCAAUGACCAUUUGCCAUCUGACUUACUCUCUUUCCCUGGGUUUGCUCCUUCAAGUGAGCUAAACAAGAGACAGAAACGCGAUGCUAAAGGGGAAACUGAGAUGGUCGCAGUUCCUGUAGGUGAGCCCCCCAUCCUACAUGUACAGUAUGAGCUGACAUCCUGGGAAUGUUAG